GUUUUGUUUUGUUGGUGUGGUUGUGGUUGAUUUCGUGGGUUGAUAGAAACUAGACAGAAUUGACUCGAUCAUUCACCCAAAGAUUUGGCCUAUUAAUAAUGGAUAUAGGAACUACUCUGCUCGCUGCUUCGAAUCUUUUGAGUCGUAUUGGACGAAGCGUUUAACAGUUCAGAACAAUGCCGUCUCUGAGGAAAAAGGUGUCGAGCUUUAUCCGUCAGCUGUCUGUGGCGAACCAACAAAGAGAAAACUCGUUGGGAGAUGGAAGAAGCCCUCGAAAUUCAGCGGAUUCUCAGAAUGGGUGUUUCAUUCAACGGUAUCUCAGCGGACAAGAUGUACGACGCAUGGCACCUACUAUAUUGCAUGGGCGCAACCCUCAUGAGCUUCCACCGAAGGCUUUGGGAGAGCCAGACGGUGGACCAGAAUCUAUUGUUGCUGCCCUGACUGGACCAGACGGAGGCUUAACGACCGUAAAUCGCAAACAACGGCAUAUUACCACAAGUGACCCGGAUGUGGAUUUCAUUGACAUCUUGGACCAGGGAGAGAAUGAUAAACCGCCAGUGGCUUCAUCUGAAUGUGUCUUCAGCCCUGGCUAUGGCCGGUGGUUCAGUGUAAGAUCUUCGGACUCUCCAAUCAACAAUUCAGUGAUAAAAAUACGAGCUGCAGGUUCUGUGUUUACUAUUGGAACAAAAUCUGUCCACACAAGUAUGACAGACCUUCAUUUGUCAGAGUCAGAAGAAAAACAGUCAAACUAUCACAAGCCUGACACCCCCAUGAAUGAUUCUGGUACUCAGAAUGUCAAAUUGGAGACAAAGGCUUCCACUUUAAAGGAAAAAAGAGUGCAUCUCUUAGACAACACUAAAGAACUCACAGUUGAAGAAAAACCUAGUGCAAAUUUGUCUAAAGAAGACAAGAACAAUCAAAAUAAAACAAUAAUUCUUGGAUCCACCAGUAUGGAAGACUCAGGUAUUGACUGCUCUCCUGUGACAGAGGAAUACCUGAUUCCACCACCUGCAGACUUUGCAGGAACUCUAAGCCGCGAAGAUUCGCAAGAAGAAGGAUUUCUACCAAUACGAAAAUCCAAGAGUGCUCCAAAUCCUUUUAAAAAAGCUAGGGCUAACAGGAAAAAUGGCCAGGAACUGUCAAAUGAUGUUAGAAGAGCCACUUGUGAGGAGGGCACUGCCACAAGCGAAACGCCAAGCUCGUUUGUUAAAGUAGAAGAAGUUGCUGGAGUCCGAGACUGGACUCAACCACAUCGCGGGGCUUACGGUGCAGCUACUACCUUGUAUGAGCUGCACCCACUGUCAGGCAUAAAUGCAGGCAACCCUAUUGCUGAUUGUUUUGCUGUUGUUGCAAGAAAAGAUUCAGCUGUUUUAGCUCUUGCUGACGGCGUAAAUUGGGGUCAGAAGGCUUGUGUUGCAGCUCGCUCAGCUGUACAUGGCUGUGUGGAGUAUCUGAACAAGGCAGUUUUCAGCAAUGCAACACCCUCCAAACCUACUAAUACGACUGAGGUAUUUGUUGCUCUGUUCCGCUCGUUCCAUGCUGCACAUAGCCUAAUACUUCAAGAGGAGGGUAUGUUGACCACCCUCACAGCUGCUCUUGUUCUUCCGCUAGCUGCCCCUGGUCGAUACGUGGCCUGUGUGUGCAAUGUAGGUGAUAGUCUGGCUUAUGUUUACAACCCUCAACAUGGUGUACGAGAAAUAACUCAAGGCUCUCAUGAUAUUCAUCUUAUGCGUGACAUGAGGGAUGCCCUGGGUGCUCUUGGCCCUGUUGCUGGAAGUAACCCUGAGCUGAAUAAUUUGACAUGUUCAAUGACUGAAGUACAAGAGGGUGACAUUGUAUUCUUGACAUCAGAUGGUAUUUCUGAUAAUUUUGACCCAGUUGUUGGUAAAUUUGCUGUCCUUCCUCCUGAUGAUGACAAGAAUGAUAGUCGAACUGCAGUCCCUUCCAAUUCAAAACAUGCACAACGUGGGAUACGCCCUAGGACAUCAAGUGCUGGCCAUUCGUCUAAAAGCCAUACUCGGGGAACUCCAGCUUUAAAUUCUGAGGGCCUGCCAACUGUCCAAGCCUAUCAGCGCCAUGAGUUAACUCUUUUGCGUAUGGAAGACCUACUGAAGCUUGGAGUCUCAGGACAGGGACCCCCUAUUCAGGAUGCUCGAGAACUUUGUGACUUGCUGUUGGACUUUGCAACACGAAUUACAGCAGCCAAACGUCACAUUUUGGAGGACCUAGAGUUAUACUGCAGUAUUGGUGAAAAUAAUACUGUACAGGAACUCAGCAAAAUGGAGCAGCGUGCACGCCGAAGGAAAAUCUGUGAUAAAUUAUCCAUGGUGCCUGGUAAGCUAGACCAUGCCACUGUAGUAGCUUACCAAGUUGGUGCAUGUAGCUCUCUUGCUACUGAGAAUAAGAACAUUCCCUCUUUGCAAGAGACAGGGCUUUAGCUGUUAAACAAAUUAGGAUUUUAGAGAAUUUCUUGAAUUUCAACCUUCCUCUGAUUCUUGGUAGGUCUAAGUCUUAUUUCUUGUGAAACUGAUUUUGAUACCAUCAAACAGUCCAUAUUUAUUUAUUCAAGUUUUAUUAAUUUUAGGUGUAUUUUAUUUGGCAGGCUCUCAACAGUUAUUGAGGCUUCUGUCUGGCUUGACAAGAGCUAUAAAAGUUACUUUUUGUUAUUGUUAGUUCAAGCAUAAUGAUAUUCUAAUCACUGGCUACAGGGAAAUUAUUUUGUUUAGAGAAUAAAAUUUUUAUUUAUUACAUAAUUAUAUGUAGAUAGUAUAUUUUACAAAUAUUAGUUGACUCCAAGAUACUCUGUCCUCUAACAUCACAUAACUUAUAAUCUGAAAGAUAACUGUUAAUUCCAUUGUCCCUUGACCGGUUUCACUAUCAGUCAUCUUGGCUGUGAUAUCUUCCAGAAGUAAUUUUGAUCCAGAUUUGCUCUACGAGCGUUCACUGUAUCACCAUUUGUAUUCUGUUGUUGUGGUUCAUUUUGAAAUAUGAUUUAUGGUAGAAGAAAUGCAAUCUGUCUCUAUCGUUCUUGUUAUGUUUACAAUUUAGAAAAAGCAAUUUUAUUGCUUCUUUUAUUUUUUUGGUUUUAGCUGGAAAUAUUAUGUCAUAGUUAGUUCUUACAUUCCCAUUAUUUGUUAUGUUUCUCAUGGUUCUACUUUCUGUUCAUUUUCAUUGGUUGAAGUAAAAUUUUUCCAUUCCAAAGACAGUUUAAUUCCAACUCAUUAUCAUAGUUAAUCUUUUGAUCUUCAUAUUUUGUUAUGAAAGAUAUACCUAUUUAUUAUAAGAGUAUGACAGUGACUCAUGGAAGUGUCCUAUUUUUGGAAAGUUUUGCACCUCUUGAUAAAGGAAUUGUUGUAAAGGCCUGAAUUGCACAGGAUUUAGUGUAAAGUUAAAAACAGUUUGUUCAUUACUGCGAGUGACUUUGAGAGCACUAUUUUAUGGGAGACAUACUCAAAGAAAGAGGAUGGAAAUGUUUGAAUGAGAGCUGAGGAGGUGUUAAAAAUGGGUUGCUUUGUGCACGCUCUUAUUUUCUCUCUUUGAAUGGGAACCACAUUUUUCUUGUAUUCAGAAGUACUGUAUUAGUAUUAGAGAAGUACAUAUCCUUAUGUACAUUGAGGUGCCUAGCUAUAGCCAAGCUUGAUUGAUUAUAAAACUGCUACUGCUAUUCUAACUCUUUGGUACUUCAUUCAAUUGCAAACAAUUUAAAUCUUUACCAUUUAUCAAAGGCCUCACUACAUAUAAUCCUCUUGUUGCUUAGUGACCAAAAAUUUACAAAGAACUUCUCAUUUUCUUCAUGAGAUUUUUGGACAUCAGAGUCCUUAUUCCAUUUAAGCCUAGAUCUAUAAAUGCCAUUUGUUUUGAUUUUUUGUAAAACUCAGCAUAAAAAGUGUAUGAGUGCAUCAUCAAAAAAUUGUGAUGUUUCUGACAUAGAAGUGUUCUAUCUUUCAUGUCAAUGUGAUACGUUAUGUCUACAAUGGACCACCUAGUUAAGUAUGUCUCAUUUCUCAAAGAAUGCGUGUCAGGUAUUGUGCCAUGAUAGCAUAGAUCAGCUUUGGUGGCCAUGAGGAGAAAACCCCGUUUAUAAGGACCAGUAUCUUAGAUAAGCGCUUUGCCCAAGAAAUAAGUAUUUUCUUAAAGUCUUUAUGAGUGUCAUUCGAAUUCUCUCGGAUCAAUGUCCCUCACAGAAUAAGUGUCUUAUUUUGAAUUACCUUCUCUCUGACAGACUCUUCAAAUAUUUUUGAUUGUUAGGAAAAUACAAAUGUACUUGGGUCCCUUCUGCUUAGCCCUAGAUUUGUAUGUGUCUGAGGCCUCAAGAAAAUUUAUGGUGAUGUGGAUGUGUCAUGGCUUGACUUUUGCAUAAAACUUUCAGGCGAUUUGUGAUUGCUCAUGUCAUUCUUGAUUUAGACUCGAGUAAGAUAUCGCAGUUGUUUAUCUUGCUUACCACUUGCUGCCUUUAUAGUGAAGAUGGUAUACACUGCUAAUUGUGUUCCUCUGAAGUAGUCCAAGGAUAUUUUUCAUGCUAUUUACUUGUUAAUUCUACUUUUACUUGCAUUUAUUGCUUCCCAUCUCCUGUAUGAUUUUGAUUGGCAAUGGAAAAACACAAUACUCAGUGUGUGCCAAAUGCAUUUUUGUUUUGUAUUAAGUGCCCAAUGUGCUCAUGAUGGUAUUUGCGGAUGUCUACUGCAUACAUGAAUUAAUUCCAUUGAUCAGGUUUAAAUCAGCACAAUUGUUAUUUAUUAAAAAUAUUCCUGUUUAAUGUUUAGCAUUUAAUUAAAACCGGAUUUGUUACAGUUAUUGUAAGCACAGUAUGACCUUGCUAAACCAGUAUUUAUCAGUUGAUCUAUGAAAUAUAAGUGUACUGUGUAAGCCAACUUAAAUGCAAUAAAACAUUUGCGCUUUAA